AGGGGGGGGGGGAAGAGGGGUUAAGGCUUUAAGGUGUCAAAUUUCGCAAUGGCGGAAGUAGAGAAGCAAGAUAAAGUUGAUGUAAAUGGAGGCAAAAAGGAGGACGAAGAGGAAGAGAUGCUGCUCGAAGGAAUGGCGGUGUUGGAUUUCGACAUGCUAUGUUCGACGGUGGCUUCGCAAACCCAGGGAAAAUGGAGGAAACUUGAAAGCGCCGAGGAUCCUUUAGAACAAGGAAGCGGCGAUUUCGGUGGCGUUUUCAGGAUGUGGGAAGGUGAAGUUGUUCUUGAUUUCUUGGAUGACCGCCGUCUUGCUCUCGAAUCUGCCUGCUGCCCCUGCUACAGAUUUGGGAAGAACAUGCGACGGGCUGGUUUCGGGUUUUGUUUUCUUCAGGGAACUGUUUAUUUCAUCCUCGCAGCCACUGCUAUUCUCAACUUUGUUGCCUUCAUCGCCACCAAGCGGAAUUGGUUUCUGUAUUUGGGUGUUGCUUUCAUCGUGUCUGUUGGAGCAUAUCUGGGUUUCUUCCGUGCACGGAUAAAAAGAAAGUUCAAUAUUAGGGGAGAUGAGAGCUUGUUGGAUGAUUGCUUCUACCAUCUUAUCUGCCCUUGCUGUACACUAUCCCAGGAAUCUAGAACAUUGGAGAUGAACAAUGUCCAAGAUGGUACAUGGCACGGUCGUGGUGAUAUAUGCAUAGGAAGCAAUGCCGAAGGCAGCAAACCGCUCUUUGAGCUACACCCUCCUCCUCUUAUGUCAAUUAAGGCAUCUGAGCCUCAAAGUAGUUUAAAUGGAAAUGAUAAUGCUUGAACAAUACAAUUCAUUCUUUGAUGGAGGGAUGUUAAACAAGCAGAAUAGAGAGCAGAGCUUUUUUUUGGAUUGGAUCAUCGAAUCCUGCAAGAACGGUGGUCUGUUUUAUUUGAGAAGCAUAACGGAGCUUCCAUGUGCAUAGAAGUUGUAGCAGUUUGGAGGAGUUUUUAGGACAUCCAAUCCAACGUUAGAUUAUUAUUUUUUAGGAGUUUUUAGGACAUCCAAUCCAACGUUAGAUUAUUAUUUUUUAGUUUUCUCAGAUGGAUCUUGAGGCAAUGCUUCUCAUUCAUCUUUACCUCGAUUGAUUAGAUGCUUCUCUCUGAAUUGUGUAUUAUCUUUAUUUUAAAGAAUACGUCGGAAAUAUAUUUGU